AUGCCGGCGGUCGCAAUGUCCAGCGCCGCCGGGGCGGCGGUGGAGUUUGAGGCGAAGAUCACCUUCUACGUGAUCAUCUGCGGCAUAGUGGCGGCGUCGGGGGGGCUAAUGUUCGGCUAUGACAUAGGGAUCUCAGGUAAUGGCCAUCGAAACGGUGGUGCCGCCUCCAGAUCCGGCAACACUCUGCGUCGUCUCCUUCUGGUUUGCAUGGAUCUCGGCAGAACUUGCUACAUUUAGACAUCUCCCGGCAAUAUUUUUCUGGUUUUUAAUUAAUAAUCUAAUCCAAUGAGAUAGAUAUAUUCAGCCACAGCUUCAUCGGAAUGGUUUUGAUGUUCAUAUAUAUGGAUACCAGUUUAUCGGCAUGAAGAUAAAGAAUAAUGCCUUAUUUCCAUUUGCUCUCUCUCUCUCUCUCUCCCUCCAAAUAGAGUGUGUAAAUGAUGAUGAUAUUGGUGGACGACAGGUGGUGUAACGUCCAUGGACGACUUCCUGGAGAAGUUCUUCCCAGAAGUGUACGUGAGGAAACACCGAGCGAAGGAGGACAACUACUGCAAGUAUGACAACCACACCCUGCAGCUCUUCACCUCGUCCCUCUACCUGGCCGCCCUCGUCUCCAGCUUCUUCGCCUCGAGGAUGUGCACCAAACUGGGGCGGAAGCCCACCAUGCAGGCGGCCUCCCUCUUCUUCCUGGUCGGCGUCCUCCUCAACGCCUUCGCCGUGAACAUCGAGAUGCUCAUCAUCGGAAGGAUACUCCUCGGCAUAGGAGUAGGCUUCGCCAACCAGGUCCAUCUCGUCGAUCGAUCCUCUGCCAGGUCAUAUUAUCACAAAUCUUAUUUCAUUCUACUUCUUUUGCAGGCGGUUCCUCUGUUCUUGUCGGAGAUCGCGCCGGUGAAGACCCGGGGAGCCCUUAACAUCCUGUUCCAGCUCGACGUGACCAUCGGAAUACUGGUGGCCAACAUCGUGAACUACUACAUGUCGAAGAAGCACCCGUGGGGUUGGAGGGCGGCGCUAGGGUUCGCCGGCGCGCCGGCCUGCAUCCUGUGCUUCGGCUCCCUCUUGAUCACGGAGACGCCCACCAGCCUCAUCGAGAGGCAGAAGCUGGAGCAGGGCCGAGCGAUGCUCGAGAAGAUAAGGGGGGUGAACAAGGUGGACGCCGAGUUCCAGGAGCUAGUCCGCGCCAGCGAGCAGGCUCGGCAAGUGAAGAACCCCUUCCGCAACCUCAUGAAGCGCUCCAGCCGGCCGCAGCUGGUGAUCGCCAUUGUCAUGCAGGUUUUCCAGCAGUUCACGGGGAUCAACGCCAUCAUGUUCUACGCCCCCGUCCUCUUCCAGACGAUGGGCUUCAAGAACGACUCCUCCCUGCUGUCGUCGCUCAUCGUAGGGGCGCUCAACGUGGCCUGCACUGUCGUCUCCGUGGCCCUGGUCGACAGGCUCGGAAGAAGGGCGCUGCUGCUCGAGGCCUGCGUGCAGAUGCUCAUCUCCCAGACCGCCAUCGGAGCCAUCCUUGCGACCCACCUGACGGCGACGAGCUCCCUGAACAAGUCCCUCUCCCUGGCGGUGGUCCUCCUCAUCUGCCUGUUCAUAUCCGGCUUCGCCUGGUCUUGGGGCCCUCUCGGGUGGCUCAUCCCCAGCGAGACCUUCCCCCUGGAGACCCGCACCGCCGGCUACGCCUUCGCCGUCAGCUCCAACAUGCUCUUCACCUUCAUCAUCGCCCAGGCGUUCCUCUCUAUGAUGUGCCACAUGCGUGCCGGCAUCUUCUUCUUCUUCGCGGCCUGGAUCGUGCUCAUGGGCCUGUUUGUGGUGUUCCUGCUGCCGGAGACGAAGGGGGUGCCCAUCGACGAGAUGACCGACCGAGUCUGGAAGAAGCACUGGUACUGGAAGCGGUACAUGGACCGCGACCAGGAGCCUGGUCAUGCCUGA